GAGAAUUGCAGUAACAGCCUCCACAAGCCUCGAAGGUACGGCACGGCACGGCGGCACGGCCUUCUAGGUUUCGACGUUCCUCGCCUACUGGAGCGGGUUGCCCUGCAGGACCACCAAACCCUGGAUCAUCCAUUCGUAGAAAGAGCUCUGCAGCAACGAGUCAGCAGUCUGGAAACGAACAAACAGAAACAAAAUUGAACAUCAAAAUGUCAAAAGCUCUCAGCACAAGUGCCAAGAGGAUCCAGAAGGAACUUGCCGAGAUUACGCUGGACCCCCCUCCUAAUUGCAGUGCUGGUCCAAAAGGUGACAACCUGUAUGAGUGGGUGUCUACUAUUCUGGGGCCUCCAGGCUCUGUUUAUGAAGGUGGCGUCUUUUUCUUAGAUAUUCACUUCAGUCCGGAAUAUCCCUUCAAGCCUCCCAAGGUGACAUUUCGCACACGUAUUUACCACUGCAACAUCAAUAGUCAAGGUGUAAUAUGCUUGGAUAUUCUAAAAGACAAUUGGAGUCCCGCACUCACUAUUUCCAAAGUACUACUUUCGAUAUGUUCCCUGCUCACAGACUGCAAUCCAGCUGAUCCACUUGUAGGCAGCAUCGCCACACAGUUCAUGCAGCAGAGGGAAGAACACGAUCGUAUUGCUAGACUUUGGACAAAGCGCUAUGCUACAUAAAACCCUGUUUGUGUGUUAGUUCCGGCAGCAUUGCUACAGUCAUGGUUUCAUUUUAUUACAACCCACUGGGUGUCUCAGUUUCUUUUUCUUUUCAUCUCCCUGAGUUUCUAGAAGGGAGAAAGUGAGGUGCACAAUUUCUGGAGAGUGUAUGGGUGCUGUGCCUGCUACCAAAAUCAAACGGUUAGAUGAGGUUUGGUUAGCAGCCCCAUCAUUUUUCUUUUGGAUGUGCAUGCAUUCGUCUGUGUACAGGCAGUUUUUUUGUGCAAACAGCUUUUUUUUUUUUUUUAAUGCUCAGCGACAUGGAUGUGUGUUCUGGUUGGCGAGCAAUUAGACACCAUUGGUUUUCAAUUAUACCAAGGUGGCUUUUGCUGUUGAUGUCUGAAGAACAUAUUUAACUGUCUCCAGGACAUCUGAUCCUGUUUAGCUGCUGCAGUGUGCGCCUAUGACUGAGCGAGUUUUUAUGUGCGCUGUUAACUUUGUAUAGUACCAGAAAUAAGAGAAUCAGGGUUUCGACAUUCAGAUUUUUUUUUUCCUGUCUCUUUGUACUGUAGGAUUAUUUUGUUUGAUCAUCUUCAGAUUCACCUCAUUCCAGCAUGGGCAAAGGGCUCGUGAAAGUGCAGUCGUGAUUACCAGAAUUUAGUUGCGGGUUCAAUAGGUCACUAGUGAUGUUAGGUGUACCAGUGUGUUUGAUGUCUACCAUGGUUCUGUUCUGGCAAGUGUUUCCUGUACCCUGUCACUGUGGGACAAGCAGUCGCUGUGUGGCCUUCCUCCCAUUUCCACUCCUUGCAGACAGCAGUGCUGCACUCAACUGUCCCAUGGAGUGACUGUUUUUCAUUACUUCUGCGUGAUAGACCUCGUGGUGGCUAUGCCAGGACAUACGUGAAAGCAGUUGUGAAUGAUGGGAAUGGGCAGUUUGGAACAUGUGUUCUGUUUGUGGCCAGAGACUAAUUUCUUGCUUGUUACAAAGUGUUUGUGGUGUUGUGUAAUUUAAGCCUUAUACAUAAAGUAAAUAAGAACAAUAAAAACAGCAAAAGUGAA